CCGGCCUGAUCCGCGUGCUCCCACACCGCCCAUCCGCAGCCGGGAAACGGAGCGUGGCCUUCGCUGUCCUUGGUUGUGGGCGGAGGGUGUGGCCCAAACCGCCUUCUUAGAAUGCCUUGCCAAACUGUCAGAUUUAGAUCUAGAAUCAUGACCUUUAGAGCUCCAAAGAAACAGUUCUAAAUAAUCUCGGAGGCCAUUUCCAACUCUGGCCAGCACAGCCCAACAAGCUAUAACUUCAUAUGAACUGUCAAAGGACGUUCUAGACCAAACCCUUAAUUUUACUGUUGAGGCAACUAAGAUCUAGAAAGCUUAAGUGACUUGCCCAAAGUUUUGAUUGUCUAUAUUUCCACUUGCAUGGCUAGGUGCUGAAUAAAUGUUUAUUGAAUAAAUGAACCAAUGCAUAAACUCUUGUACUUCUUAGCUUUCCAAUUAACAGCUCAUCAAGGGAUGGCUUAGGGCAGCUAGAUGUUAUAGUGGGAUAGAAUGUUGUACUUGAGUUUGAAUCCUGCUUCAGCUGUGUGACACUGGGCAAGUCACUAAACUUGUAAAAUGGGAAUAAUAACAGUGCCUACCUACCCUAUAGGACUGUCGGUAUUAUUAUUUGUUCCAAUUGCAUACUAUUUUACUAGAACUAUGUAACUCACAUGGCAGUUAAAUUUUUUUCCCAUGUUAAUAGGGUGACUUUGCAUACUUUAAGAUGCAAUUAAUUUCACGAAUCUGGGUAUUCCUUCCAGUGACACAGAUCAGAACUCCAGGCAGUUUCAGGAGUUUAAGGACUUUCAGUGUCUGAAAAAAAAAUCACCUCUUGGAUAGCCCUUCAGUAAUGAAGGAUUUCAGAUCUCUCAGCUGGUUGUGAUCUCCCUGAUGGAGCAAGGGGAAGAGUUGUUGGCACCAAAUCUUGAGGGCUCCAAGGAGAAAGAGAUUUUGAGAAGCUCUUAUACAGAGAGUAAGAACAAUUUGGAAACUCUUGACCAGAAAUACCCUAAGGAUGAGGAACCUAAGGAUAUACCAUCAGAGUGGUUUGAGAAAGAUGUUCCCCCAAACAUUGAACAUGAGGAUACUAAAGAAAUUCCAUUAGGAAGGAACAAAGGGGUCAGGUUCUGGAGUCUUGAGUGGAAAGAUACUCAUGAGAAUAACUGCAGGACAGGAACUCAGUGGGGGAAACCUAUGGGAAAAGAACAGAGUAAAUCUAUUUCCUGGAAAUGGGGCUCCAGAAAAAACAUUGACAUUACUGCCCAUCAGACACUACCCAAAAGAGACAAAUCCCAUAAAUGUCUUGAAUGUCAGAAGAGCUUCAAUAACAGCUCUCACCUUCGAACUCAUCUAAGGACUCACACAGGAGAAAAGCCUUACCAAUGUUCAGAGUGUGAGAAAUGCUUUAGUAACAGCUCCCAUUUGAUUCAGCAUCAGAGAACUCACACAGGAGAGAAGCCCUAUCAAUGUAAUGAAUGUGGGAAAAGCUUUAGCAAUACCUCGCACCUUAUUAUCCAUGAGAGAACUCACACAGGAGAGAAGCCCUAUAAGUGUCCAGAAUGUGGGAAGAGUUUCAGUAGUAGCUCGCAUCUUAUUCAGCAUCACAGAUCUCAUACAGGAGAGAAACCUUAUGAAUGCCCUGUGUGUGGGAAAUGCUUCAGUCACAGCUAUGUCCUAAUUGAGCAUCAAAGGACCCACACAGGAGAAAAGCCCUAUAAAUGUCUUGACUGUGGGAAAAGAUUUAGUCAGAGUUCCAGCCUUAUUCGCCAUCAGCGCACACAUACUGGUGAGAAACCGUACAAAUGUCUUGAGUGUGGAAAAAGCUUUGGUUGUAACUCUACCCUCCUAAAGCAUCAGAGAAUUCACACAGGAGAAAAACCAUAUAAAUGCCCAGAAUGUGGGAAGAAUUUUAGCCGCAACUCAAACCUUAUUACACACCAAAAAACACACAUGAGAGAGAAAUCCUAUGAGAGUACAGAAUUUGGAGUAAAGUUAAAUCACAGUUGUAACUCAGUAGAAUGCCAGAGAACUCAGCCAGGAGGAAAAACAUAUAAGUGUUGUGAAUGUGGGAAAAGUUUCAACCUUAGUUCACACCUUAUUAGACACCAGAGAAUACACACAGGAGAAAAACCCUAUAGAUGUCCUGAGUGCUGGAAAACUUUCAGUCAAAGCUCCACACUGGUGAUCCACCAGAGAAUUCAUACAGGAGAGAAACCAUAUAAAUGUCCUGACUGUGGGGAAAGUUUCAGUCAAAGCUUUAACCUUAUCAGGCACCGAAGGACCCACAUAGGAGAAAAACCUUAUAAAUGUACUGACUGUGAGAAAUCUUUCAGUCGUAGUGCCUACCUCAGUCAGCAUCAGAAAAAACACAUAAGAGAAAAACUCUUUCAGUUCCCUGAAAUUGAGAAAAAAUUUACCCAUGAAUGGACCUAGAAAAGCCUGGGAUGGGGUGGGGGGGAGGCUGAGGGACAUGUGGACUUAAUUUACUCAUUUCCAAUUCCCAAAUCUGUUUUCUCAUGAGAGGAAGUUUGUUGUAAACUUUUCCUUUUAUUGACCCAUCACAAUUAGGGUCUUGUAAAAUCAGUUUGCUGUUGAAUUUCUUUGGUUUAUCAUCAAUACCUCUGGACAAAAGAGCUAAGGUCACUGUGCUUGGAAGAUGAAAAGACUCAAACCAACCAGGUCAUGGAUCUUCCCAGUGAAAAACAGCACCAAGGAUGGAAAGAAAACAGAAUUUUUUAUUUAAGGUAAGACAGGAAUAGUUCAGAUUAAUCCUAAGAAUAAAUUUUAAUGAAAAAAUAAACCUAAAAUCUUGCAGCUAGACCUUUUGUUAAGUUUGCAAUUUUCUCUUGCUAUUUUAGGUAUAGGCAAACUAUUUGUCCCAGAUAGCUUGGAGAUAAAAUGAUCCUGCUGAAGAAUAGUGUGGUGGCCCUGGCUUUUUGUGAGGGAACGAGCUGAGGCAAAAAACAACAGUUUAAACUUGAGCAGUCUUCUUCCUUGAAAAUUAACUCUUGUAGAGUGUGGCACAAAGUGAAUCAUAAGUGAGCACUAGGUAAAUCUUAUUUGACCAGUAAAGAGUUGUCACAAGGCUGUAAGAGAUCUAGAACUAAGGGUUUUGUCCUCUUCUAGAUCAAACAGUCUAGAGCAGCAGUGUAAGAGAGUGUUGGAAAACAAUGGAUUUUGAGGCAAGAUAUUUCAGGGUAUUUUUAGUCAAUUGGGUCAUUAACCUAUAACCUAUUGAGAUCCCCUUGCCACUAUGCCCUAGUAUCCCUACCAUAAAAGAAGCAAGAUUAGGAGCCAGGGCUACUGAAUUCUGUUCUUGUAAACUAAGUAAUUAGUAACUAGUUUUUCCCCAUCUGUGUGCCUUGGUUUUCCUAUUAUGUAGGGAUUCAGUGAAAUUGGGAACUAGGUUCUUGUAGCCAGCUCAAUGACUUAGUGUCAAAUGGACAGAAUUCCAUUAGUAUUAGAGUAAAUAUUACUUGAGUCAGGUCCUAAUAGUGCUUUUAUUUUUGGCCUUCUCAGGGACGAAGCAGAGAACCUAAUAUUUUCCCAUAUUCUUCCUUGUCCUAAAUAGGGACUUUGUAGAAAUUAUUAAGUACUCUCUUCUCUAAAUGCUUGCUCAUCUGUUGCAAAUGAGUAAAAGAGAAAUGUAGGUAAGGGGCCCCCAGUUUAUGUCUUAGGAUUUCCCAAUAUAUUUAAAAAGGAUUGAGGUGAAAAUUUUAAAUUUGGCAGAAGGGAAUUGAACUGUAGCAUUCCCAAAGAAACCAUUCCUCUUGCAGUGUUGAAAUGGAACAGUCCCAUGGGGGCAACUGAGUUGGACUGGAAUUGUUGCAUCCUCCCCUCUCACUGAGAUGCAGUUGAUACUGGGUAGUGACUGUAUUAUGAUUUUCUAUUGUUAAAUGAUGAAAACUGUAGCGAAAACCAGUCAAAUAAAGAUA